AUGGACGAACUAAGGCCAAAUCUCGGCUUGCUCGGCGUCGGUCUCGUUGAGAACGAGAGCUUUCACUUGAAUCACAAUCAGGAGAAACGAAAGUGCAGCAGUACCAGUUCGAACGAGCAAGAUUUUGGUCUUUAUGGCGUUCACCAAGGCUUGGAGGCCAGCCCGCCGACACCCGCCGCGACGCCUGGGAGAAGCAGCGUCGGAGCAACUUCUGCCGUUGGAGUGGAAGGAGCUUUUAAAAAGUUAAAGCCUGACCCUUGUGCUUCGAGUCCGCACAUUGGUCAUACUCCCACUACCGCGAGUUGCCCAACACCUGCUCGACGGCGUCACAGGACCACGUUUACACAGGAGCAGCUGGCAGAAUUGGAAUCGGCAUUUGCAAAAUCUCAUUACCCAGACAUAUACUGCAGGGAGGAAUUGGCGAGAUCCACCAAAUUGAACGAGGCUAGAAUUCAGGUUUGGUUUCAAAACAGAAGAGCGAAAUAUCGAAAACAAGAGAAGCAACUUCAGAAAGCUUUGACUCCAAUACCUGCCUGUCAAGGCGCCAUGAUGAGAAAUAUUUACCCUGGUGCCAGCAGGGGUUACCAGCCAUAUCCUCAUCCCCAUAAUAGCAUAAAUGGGAUAAAUCGCUAUCCACAAAUGGGUACCACGUCUUAUCCGAGUAUGACACAACCGUUUUCUAUGUCACAUUCAGCAUCCAAUAUGUCGGCAGUCACUGGUAUGAGACAAGACACAAUGGGUAUGUCAGCGGAAGAUGAAUGGUACAACAAAAGUAUCUCAGCUUUGAGAAUGAAUACGGCUCAUCACCCGAAUCUUGCUGCUCCGAUGCUACAAUACCAAACAUAA